CUUUUGCGUAUAGAAUUAAAACACAAUCAAAAGAGGACAUUAACCCCAAAAAAAAAAAACCUAAGUCUAGCGGCUUUCAAAAUGUCUAAACGCUUCGCACCGCCGCCUAAACCUCUAGUAAAGCAGCAUUCGUGGUCGCCGGAUGCGGAUAGAGAAGAAGCUUGGCUAAAGAAAAAGGGAAAACGGCCAACGGGCAGACUUGGUCGGAGUAAAAGCGUGACGGACGAAGAUCUGGAAGAGCUCAAGGGAUGUAUCGAGCUUGGAUUCGGGUUCGAGCCGGAUUCGCCGGAUUUAGAUCCGAGAUUAUCAGAAACUCUUCCAGCUCUUGGUUUAUAUUGUGCCGUCAAUAAACAGUAUAGUAGCAGAUUGUCACGGACAUCGUCUCUUUCCUCGAUCGCAUCGGAAGGUGAAGUCAGCAAUUCGAGCACGACGAUCGUUGAUCAAGGUGAUGAUCCGGAGACGAUGAAGCUGAGGUUGAAGCAAUGGGCUCAGGUGGUUGCUUGUUCGGUGCGACAAUUUUCCGGCGAACCAAAUUGAUGAUGUUUGGAUUAUUGAUUACUGAAAUAUUAUUAUUCUACCAUUGAAAUUAUUGCUUGUUUGUUCUGAUGUGAUAUAUGUACAGAGGAAUGACAGUUUUGUAAUAUAGAUAUGAUUUUUAGAUAUUCAAAUUUUAGAAUCUAAUGGUUUAACCACAUUUAUAAUUUCAUUUAAUUUCUUCUUCUA